AUGUCUGCUUUGGCCGACUCUGAUAUACAGGCCGUAGAUCUGAAAGUUGAAUAUCUCGUCAAUCCAUUUUCAGUCGAUAUAACUCAACCCCGACUUCAAUGGACACUACAGGCGCUGAACGAAACAAAGAAGGAUUUGUCGCAAAAGGCUUAUCAAAUACUUGUGGCCACAGAUCGGCAAAGUCUGGACAAAAACAUCGGUAAUCUGUGGGACAGUAAAAAAGUGGUGAGCGAUCGGACCAAUCAUAUUAAAUACGGCGGCACUCCGUUGAAGGCCGGGAUGAGAGCCUAUUGGAAAGUGAAUGUAUGGGAUCAGAAUGACCGCGUGCUCGACAAACAUCCGGGUCAUAUCGGCUUCUGGGAUAAAGGAUUGGAUGCGAGUGAUUGGACGGCGCAAUGGAUCGGCGCUCCCAAAGGCACACAACAACAGGCACUCAAAAAUCUCGCAGAUAUUGACGCAAAUUUGAUUAAAUCAAAGCCCGGUUUAGUGCCGGUGCUAUACCUCCGCAAAAGUUUUACAACAAAUUCAAAAGUAAAAUCGGCUAAACUGUACGCUACAGCACAGGGCGCCUACAAGUUGGCCAUUAAUGGCCGCGAUAUCAACAAAUCAGUUCUGGACCCGGGAUGGACUGACUAUAAUAAAACCAUUCAAUAUCAAGCCUAUGACGUGACCGAUCAGUUGGCGGCGGUCGGCAAAAGUGCCAUAAGCGUACUGUUGGGCACGGGUUGGUUCGGUAGUUACGUUGGUUUUUCCCAUCAGUACAACAUUUUUGGUUGGGAUCAGAAUCUAUUGGUUGAGUUGCGGAUUGAAUACGAAGACAAGACUACGGCUGUUGUCAAGUCGGACAACACAUGGAAAGUAAACACCGGUUCUUACAUAUACUCAGACCUAUUGAUGGGUGAAUUGUAUUACGAGAGUCGAGAGCCGCAGAACUGGAGGGAUUCAGCGUUUGAUGACAGCCACUGGCCAUCAGUGGUCACUAAACCAAUAGACAAAAACGUAGCUCUCGUGGCCGAUAGGGCUGAACCGGUUCGGGUGACUCAAACCUUGGAGCCUAAGAACAAACGCCAGGUUAAACCUGGUGUUUGGAUAUUUGACUUUGAACAGAAUAUGGUCGGAUGGGUUCAACUCAAUUUGCCCAAAGCCUAUGAGGCCAGUCGUGUGCAGUUAAGACACGCCGAAGUACUCAACCCCGACGGCACUAUUUAUACACUAAACCUGCGCUCGGCUUUGGCCACCGAUACCUAUGUUUUAAACAAGGCCAAUCGUCCAACAGAGCUAUCACUUGAGCCUCAUUUCACAACCCAUGGCUUCAGAUAUGUUGAGAUAACGGGAUAUCCGGGAGAACCGCCGCUGACAGCCAUUAAGGGUAUUGUCAUGCACUCAGACACAGCUUUUAAAUCACACUUUGAAACAUCAAAUAAAAUGGUCAAUAAAUUGCAUUCAAACAUUAAUUGGGGUCAAAGAGGAAACUUCCUGUCCGUCCCGACAGACUGUCCGCAACGGGACGAGAGGCUGGGCUGGACGGGAGACGCGGAGAUCUUCGCUCAAACGGCCACUUAUAACGCCGAUGUGUCCGCCUUUUACACCAAAUGGAUGCGUGAUUUACGGGACGGACAGUCAAAAGAAGGUGGCUUUCCUGACGUAGCGCCCCGUGUAGUCGAUGGGGCCGAUGGGUCCCCCGCUUGGGGUGAUGUCGGUGUUAUAGUGCCGUAUACUGUGUGGCGACAGUACGGAGAUCUGGAGAUCAUUAAAGAAAAUUACGAGUCAAUGAAACGGUGGAUGACUUACAUCGAGAGCCAGAACCCGAACUUCUUGUGGACUUCGUACGGAGAUCUGGAGAUCAUUAAAGAAAAUUACGAGUCAAUGAAACGGUGGAUGACUUACAUCGAGAGCCAGAACCCGAACUUCUUGUGGACAAAGAGAGUGAAUAACAAUUUUGGUGAUUGGCUUCAAGUGAAUGCCGACACACCGAAGGAGAUCCUGUCCACCGCUUACUACGGAUACGACGCCCUAUUGCUGUCCAAAAUGGCAAAAGCCUUGGACUUCACUCAAGACGCGAAACGUUAUGGAGAUCUCCACCAAAAUAUCGCAAACGCUUUUGUGAAGGCUUUUGUCAACACAACUGACGGUCGUAUGAAAGGCGACACUCAAACUGAUUAUGUGAUCGCAAUUGCAUUUGAAAUGUUACCCAAAAAUCUGCAACCGUUGGCCGCACAACAUUUGGUGGACAAUAUUAAAGCACAUGACUAUCAUUUGACUACUGGUUUCGUAGGUGUUGGCCAUCUGUGUCCGACACUCAGCCAAUUCGGUCACUCAGAUGUGGCGUAUCGUCUACUACUGCAGGACACGUACCCCUCGUGGGGCUAUAGUAUUAAAUAUAACGCCACCACUAUAUGGGAGCGAUGGGACGGUUGGACCAAAGAGAAGGGCUUUCAAGACCCUGGCAUGAACUCGUUCAAUCACUACUCUCUGGGAUCAGUCGGUCGAUGGCUCUACCAAUCGGUGGCCGGUAUUGACACCGACAACGAAAAGGUGGGCUUUAAGUUGAUUAUAAUCGCACCGAAACCGGCCGCCGGUCUGACGUCAGUGAAAGCCCACUACCCGUCCAUUAAUGGUCUGAUAGGCAGUGCGUGGGAAACAAAUGGCGUUAAUAUUACUUUAACGAUUGAUAUACCGGUCAAUACAAAAGCGGUGAUUGAUUUAACUUUCUUGAAAAGCGCUGCCGUCGAAAAUGUGGGCUCCGGUAGUGCCAUGAUAUCUUUGGCCGACUCUGAUAUACAGGCCGUAGAUCUGAAAGUUGAAUAUCUGGUCAAUCCAUUGGCAGUCGAUAUAACUCAACCCCGACUUCAAUGGACACUACAGGCGCUGAAUGAGACGAAACAGAAUUUGUCGCAAAAGGCUUAUCAAAUACUUGUGGCCACAGAUCGGCAAAGUCUGGACAAAAACAUCGGUAAUCUGUGGGACAGUAAGAAAGUAGUGAGCGAUCGGACCAAUCAUAUUAAAUAUGGCGGCACUCCGUUGAAGGCCGGGAUGAGAGCCUAUUGGAAAGUGAAUGUAUGGGAUCAGAAUGACCGCGUGCUCGACAAACAUCCGGGUCAUAUCGGUUUCUGGGAUAAAGGAUUGGAUGCGAGUGAUUGGACGGCGCAAUGGAUCGGUGCUCCCAAAGGCACACAACAACAGGCACUCAAAAAUAUAGCAGAUAUUGAUGCAAAGUUGAUUAAAUCAAAGCCCGGUUUAGUGCCGGUGCUAUACCUUCGCAAAAGUUUCACAACAAAUUCAAAAGUAAAAUCGGCUAAACUGUACGCCACAGCGCAGGGCGUGUAUAAGUUGGCCAUUAAUGGCCGCGAUAUAAACAAGUCAAUUCUGGACCCGGGAUGGACUGACUAUCACAAGACUAUUCAAUACCAGGCAUAUGAUGUGACCUACCAGUUGACGGCCACUAACACCAUAAGCGUAUUACUGGGAACGGGUUGGUACAGCAGUUACGUCAGUUUCUUCGGUCAAUACAACCUCUUCGGUACGGAUCAGAAUUUAUUGAUUGAGUUGCGUAUUGAAUACGAAGAUAAGACUACGGCUGUUGUCAAGUCGGACAACACGUGGAAAGUAAGCACCGGUUCCUACAUAUACUCAGACCUAUUGAUGGGUGAAUUGUAUUACGAGAGUCGAGAGCCGCAGAAGUGGAGGAACUCGACGUACGACGACAGCCACUGGUUAUCAGUGGUCACUAAUCCCAUAGACAAGAACGUGGCUCUCGUGGCCGAUAGAGCUGAACCGGUUCGGGCGACACAAGUGCUCGAGCCUAAGACUAAACACGAGAGUCAACCCGGUGUUUGGGUAUUUGAUUUUGACCAGAAUAUGGUCGGUUGGGUUCAAAUCCAAAUGCCUAAAGCAUAUGACGCGAGUCGUGUGCAGUUAAGACACGCCGAGGCGCUCAACCCUAACGGAACUAUUUAUGUACUAAAUCUGCGCUCGGCUUUGGCCACCGAUACCUAUGUCUUAAAUAAGGCCAACCGUACGACAGACCUAUCACUUGAGCCUCAUUUCACAACUCAUGGCUUCAGAUACGUUGAGGUCACGGGAUAUCCGGGAGAACCGCCGCUAUCGGCCAUUAAGGGUAUUGUUAUCCAUUCAGACACAGCAUUCAAAUCACACUUUGAGACCUCAAACAAAAUGGUCAAUCAGUUGUACUCAAACAUCAAUUGGGGUCAAAAAGGAAACUUUUUGUCGGUCCCGACAGACUGUCCGCAACGGGACGAGAGGCUGGGCUGGACGGGAGACGCAGAGAUCUUCGCCCAUACGGCCACUUAUAACGCCGAUGUGUCCGCCUUUUACACCAAAUGGAUGCGUGACUUAAGGGAUAGUCAGUCCAAAGAGGGCGGCUUUCCAGAGGUGGCGCCCCGUUUGAGUCCCGAUGGGACAGAUGGAGCCCCCGCUUGGGGUGAUGUCGGUGUUAUAGUGCCGUAUACUGUGUGGCGACAGUACGGAGACCUACAGACUGUUGAAGACAAUUAUGAAUCAAUGAAACUGUGGAUGACUUACAUCGAGAGCCAGAACCCGAACUUCUUGUGGACGAAGAGAGUGAACAACAAUUUCGGUGAUUGGCUUCAAGUGAAUGCCGACACACCGAAGGAUGUGUUGUCCACCGCUUACUACGGAUACGACGCCCUAUUGCUGUCCAAAAUGGCCAAAGCCUUGGGUCGGACUCAAGACGUGAAACGUUAUGGAGAUCUCCACCAAAAUAUCGCAAACGCUUUUGUGAAGGCUUUUGUCAAUACAACUGACGGUCGUAUGAAAGGCGACACUCAAACUGAUUAUGUGAUCGCAAUUGCAUUUGAAAUGUUACCCAAAAAUCUGCAGCAAUUGGCGGCAAAUCAUUUAGUGGACAAUAUUAAAGCACAUGAUUAUCAUCUGACCACCGGUUUUGUAGGUGUGGGUCAUUUGUGCCCGACUCUGAGCCAAUUUGGUCACUCGGAUGUUGCGUAUCGUCUACUACUGCAGGACACGUACCCCUCGUGGGGCUAUAGUAUUAAAUAUAACGCCACCACUAUAUGGGAGCGAUGGGAC